GUUAUCUUCCACAGUGUGACGGAUGCGAUUCUCGGGUCCAUAGGGUUGCGGGAUAUCGGACAGUAUUAUCCCGACACAGACCCGGAAUGGGAAGGCCAGUCAUCAGACAAGUUCCUACAUGAUACAUUGAAAAGGGCCUCAGCCUUGGGCUUUCGGGUGAUAAGUAUAGAUGUCACGCUAGUGCUGGAGCGUCCCAAAGUGGGGAAGGUCAUGCCGGCAGUGGUGGAGAACUUGCGGAAAGCGAUCAACGAUAAUCGGGUUUCGGUGAAUGUUAAGGCUCGUACGUCAGAGAAGCUCAAUGCUGCUGGUGAAGGGAAGUCUGUGGAGGCUCAUGCUGUG